CUGACGUCACGCCGCCGGAGCGCGACCGGGGAAAACAGGGAAGCUUAGAGAAAGUGUCAUCCGAAACUCACCGCGAAGAUAGUUGUUGUGUUUGUAAUAAGACUUUAUAGCGUGUUUUUACGCCUCGAAAGCUGCCGGACACGGAGUGGAAGUGUUCAGCUGACCCUGGAAGUCAGCUGUGGACUUUAAAGUUGAGGUGUUGGAGUUGUUGUGGUGCAUGUUAGCGACGAAGCCAAAGCGAGAGGAGGAAUAAAUAAUGUCCUUGCUGCCGCCGCUGCUUCUGUUUUGAGACGGCUCCUGUUUCCCACGGACACUCAGGAGAAACAAAAGGAAGGAGAAGCAAAGUAAGAAAGUAAAGAAAAAAGGAGAAAUGGCCGAGGCACGCUCGGAAGAAGAGGAGGAAAGCGUGAUGAGGGACAAUCGGGAGCAAGUGGUCCGACGACAGCCCAACGGCUCCAGAGGUCGGCCUGACAGACAUAAGCCAGAGCAUCGUCUCAGCCAGGGACCUCUGUCAUCCAUCAGAGCGGUCAUCAAGAGAACCUCUGCCAGGUCGACCUCUGUGUCUGAGACGCCCAGAGACAGAGAGAGGGACAGGGAGAGAGACCGGGAGCGCGAACGGGAAAGGGAAAGGGAAAGAGACAGAGACAGGGACAGGAGGCGUCCGGAAAUCACCAUCCUGUCAGCGGAGCCUCUGUCCUCCACUUCCUGGUUUCCUGGAGCUUCUGGAGGGUUCCCACCUCCCCCUCCUCCUGCUGCACAGAUCUGGGGACCCACAAUUCCUCCAGCCAUACAACCGCCUCCUUCCUACGAGGAGGUGAUCAGGGAGAAGACACAGGAGCAGGUUCUCUCCACUUCUUCCUCUUCCUCUCCCUCCGCGUCACCCUCACGUCCAGUUUCUACUGUAACCAUCGCCACGCAGACUGACUCAGGAUCUGCCACUGAUCCUUCAGCGCCACAAGAAGGAAAACCAGGGAGACCGCCUCGCCCACCUUUCCCCCAGCCUCCUAAAUCAUCUCAUGCUGAUGACAUUGCCAGCACUGCCAGCCAAUCAGCGGUCGCCCCCCUCGGCAGUGACACACAUAUUUCCGCAGACACACAAAGCUGCGACCCCACCACUGAUCUGUGUUCACCUUUAACCUCGAGCUCCAGUGUUCAGACUGAGCAGUGGGAUCAGUGUUCUGCUCCCGUCGAUGUGGCUCCUCCCCCUCCCACCGCUUCCUCUCAAGUCCCAUUGGAGCGUCCCAGACCGCGUCCUCGAUCUAAGCCUGGCCUCCAGCCAAUCAGCAACGAGGUUCAAGUUCAGACUUUGGUGAAGCUGCGGGAGGACGGUUUGGCCACAUUAGCCAGCCGUGCACGAAGUGACUCCGCUAACCAGCAAGUGACUCAAGGGAAGUAUCUUCAGGAGCUGCUCGAGGCCUUCAGCUCUGACGACUGGGGCUUUCCCGAAAACCGCAGUGACAGCAGCGGGCUGAGCCAAUCUGAUAGCGAGGAAGGGGAGGAGGAAGAGGACGGGGAGGACAUGGCGACUCUGAAAGCGAGGAUACAAGCCUUUGAGCAGCAGCAGCAGCAGCAGGUUAGCAAUGAGAGCUCUGGAGACAGUAAUAACAGACAAAGUGGAACCACAAAGAAACCCGAACCUCGACCACGCCCUCGUCUCCAGGGGCAACAAGCCAAGUCUGCCCCUCCCACCAUUGCCCCAAAGCCCAAAAGCUUUUCACCUGGGCCUAAACCGUCCAGCAAGGGAUUCUGGGAAGAAGGGGGUUUGACAGCAGCCAUAACAGACUCAGCUGAAGCUCCCUCAGCUGAAGCCCCCUCAGCUGAAGCCCCCUCUGCUCAAGCUCAAACUGCUGCAGAACCACCACCGAAAUCCACUCCAGAUUUGGAACCACAGCCCAUUAAACCCACAGAAAAACCCACAAUAACACCCAAACCCCCAUCUGUUACAGAAACCCUCACCCCUGCUCCUGUCCCAGCCCCAAGGCCCCCUCCACCCAAACUAACCCCCAGUCUUAGUGACCCUAAACCCCCACCCAGACCUCCAGUCGCCCCCAGGGCCAGCGUGGGUGUGCCACACCCGGAUAAGAUCACCACAGAUGGCGGCGCUACCCCGGUUCUAACCCCAAGACCCUUGAUGGAGGUCGGCAGUGCAUCACAGACGGAGACUCAGACUGGAAGCGAAGCAACGCAGAAUGCCCCAAACCAAACUGUGAAAGCCGGAAAUGCUCGUCCAGGCAUCCCGAACAAGCCGGCAGCACUGACAGCACCACGCAGAGCGAGUGCUCCAAAUCUCGUCCCCAAACCCGCUGGAGCCUCACCGACUCCUCCGGAUCCAAACCCAGUCCCGGCCAAACCUACAACAGCCCCUAAGCCUUCAGGACCGGCCUCAGCCAAACCCCCGAACCCGACCCCGGCUCCGGCCUCGAGGAAGGGCCCUGCGAUCCAGACCAAAGCUGAGACUGCCAACUCUGCAAAUCCAGACUCCUCAGACCCUGCUCUCCCUCCACGCCCUUCUACUGUGAAGCUCCUCCCUCUUCGUCCACCACCAAUCAAAUCCGUCCCUGGGCGACCGCCACCUCCAGCCAUCAACUCCACCUCCUCAGCUAGCCAGAUCCCUCCUCCAUCUAAAGUUACUCCCGCACCUUCUGUCUCACCUGCCAGUCGAGUGACACCUCCACAGACCGGUUCAAAUCCUCCUCCUUCUUCUUCAACAGCCAAUCAGACACAGGCACAAAGGGCACCAAAGCGAGGCCCACCUCUCCCUCCCCGCCCUAAACCUGGACACCCUCUGUACAGCAACUACGUGAAGCAGGAAGUCCUGAUCGUCCUGGAUGACCCGAGCCCCUCGCCCUCAGAGCAACCUUCAGGCGAUAGGCAGGAUCAGACCAUCCUCCCCCUCAUCAACACAUCACAGUGUCUGCUGGACCUGGACACCCAACCAGAGCCCAUCACAGAUCAGAACAGCCAAUCAAAACCUGCCCUGGAGGACCUCAACCUGUCAGACUCAGAGUCGAUUCUUCCUGUGCAGCCUGCUGAGCAGAAGCAGCAGUCAGACUCUCCUCCUGUCAGCGGCCCUCGGUGCGUCGCUCUGUUCGACUAUGAAGGAGCGGAAGAGGACGAACUCACCUUUUCUCAGGGUGACGUCAUCGCUCUCCUGGAGCUCAAUGGGCAGGAGUGGGGGCGGGGCCAAAUCCACGGCCGAAUCGGUAAAUUCCCCCUGAACUUCACAGAGGUGGUGGAGCCCCUCCCACAGCCGGUGACAGCGCCGGGGGAAACAGCCAAACCGGCACUGGCAGAUAUGGAAGUGACAGAAAGCUCUGGACCAAAGACCUCACAGGACUCAAACUCAGAGGCUGAGGAGUGGGCCGUGGCUCUGUUUGACUUCCCCGGUCAGACCCCAGAGGAUCUGUCCUUCCAGAAGGGGGCGCUGAUCCGAGUGACGGAGCACAUCGAUGCAGAGUGGAGGCGAGGAAAGCUGGAGGGGAGAGAGGGGCUUUACCCCGUGGCCUUCGCACAACCCUGCCAGGCUCCACCAAUCACAGACCAGCAGUCGGUGGCUAAAGGAGUGGCCAAAGCUCUGUUUGACUUCACAGCAGAGAGUGAGGAUGAGCUCACGCUGAAGGUGGGUGACAUUAUCACACAGGUGGAGGCUGUGGAUGAGCAGUGGAUUGCGGGAAACGUGGGCGGGAAACGUGGGAUUGUGCCUAAAAACUACAUUUCACUUAUCUGACGAGGGAAAGCCUGAAACAGCCGAUGGGAAAAGCUAACAAAGAAUGAAGCUGCUGACUGCAGCCGCUCUGUUAAACAGGUCGGAGGUUCUGAACUGGAAACCUCCGACCUGUCGAUGCUACAGGGAGUGGCACAUGAAACUGAUCCAGUGCGCUUUUUUUUUUUUUUUUUUUUUUUUUGAGAAAACUGAACUUUUUGAUUUUCAGAGGAAUAAAAUCAACUUGCUCAGACUGUGUUAGCAGUUUGAUGACUCCAUUGAUGUUUCUGUUGUCAUGAUGUUUGAAUACUGGAUGAUUAAGAGGUGGAUUCUCCUCUCAGCAUCAUCCUGCUGUGAUUUAGGGUUUUUUCAUCUAUCCUGGACCGGAUUUGCCUUUCCUCUUUUUUUUUGUUUGGCACUUAUGAAAAUCAGUUAGAAUCUGGAUCAGUGGAUAAAACAGAUCUAAAGUUGGACAUCUGCUUCAAAGAGCCAGUUUUAGACCUCCACAGCCCACUUUGUAACUGAUUACAGACGUUUAACAAAGACUCUUUAAAGUCAGCAUUUUUUUUCAUGUGUUAAACACUAUGAACUGUAAACAGUGUUGGGGGUCGUUACUCGAGAAAAAAGUAAUGUGUUGCACAUUACUGGGUAUUUUUCUUGAAAGUAAUACAUUACAUUACUUAAUUGCUAGAGAAAGUAAUUCAUUACACUACUUGUUACGUCACUUGCUCAUUACUCUGUAACAUGACCUGAAACGCAUUGUCAUAUAAGCACCAGUUAACAAUAUUUAACUUAGGCUACAGUCUGACACACCAGCACAAAUCCCUGUUGAGGGCACACAUGAGCUUUAUUUUAGUGUCUACAUAUGAACACAAAGCCUUUGAAAACCAACUCAAACAGACUUCAUAGCAAUCACCACAGUUAUUCUACUGUAGAAACAUGAACAGGUAGAAAUAGAGGCCACAGUGCUGCAAGCCUGACUGCUCAUCACUGCCUCUGUUACCUGUUCAGGCUCUGGCUGCCUACGAGGUUGGGGUCGGCAUACUCUCGGCUUUGUCAUCGCUCUGGGUUCGCUUUGUGUUAGCAUGCUGUCUGUGCAGAAGUGUGUAAUGUGGUUGUUUCUGUCUUGGACACAGUUUGCACUUUACCACUGCACUCUUGUCCUUUUGUGCAAUAAAAAUUAAAGUAAUGCCCAUAUCGCUGCUUCUUAAAUGCUGUAGGCCCCGUCACUGCUGCCGUCCACCCCAGACAUGAACUGAAAUAGGAAGAAAAAGGCACAUCUCCUAUUCCUGCCUCCUAUGCACUCUGCGUGCAGACAGUUGAACCUUUGGAAUGCAAAUGAUGACAUAAAUUGUAACUAUAAUGUAGUUACUGAAUUUAGUAACAUGUUACAUUACUGAGUUAGUGAAAAAUGUGAUGUGAUUACAGUAAUACUAGUUGCCAAUGUAUUACUCUUCCCCAACCCCCUCGGUUGCCUCAAACAGCCUGUGGACUGAUAACUCUGAGAAGGUGAAUUUUUGCCUCUGUGGUCGCCCCCAGAGUCCUUUUCUUCCUACAGCACCGACAGUGAGCAGCACGAGCUAAGGGUAGAUUAGAAAUGAGUCCAGUAAUCAUUGACGUCAGCAAAGGACCAGCUCCAAGCACAAUGACUGAAACUACACAUAAGAACAAAAAAAAAAGAUAUUAUUUUGGAAACAGCCAUAGAAUUAAAGAUGGAUUAACCCAGGGGGACAGCCCCUCUACACUGAACAGUGAUCAUUCCUCUUUCCUGUAACCUGGACUUCUAGGACAGCCCGUACUUACUGAGGAGGUGGCAACGUUGUGCUAAAUGACUUGUGGUUCUGUUUGUCGAGUCUGAUGUCCUUAGCUGCUCCUGGAUCUAAGUUCUCCUUCAGUUCCCACAAUUUUGAGGCACUGCUGAGAGUUAAAAACAGUCCAAAGUUUUUCCGCUUCAAUAAAAUGAUCUGUGUGGCUGUUUUCACUGAUGAUACAAUAAAAGAAAUUUGUAAAGUAUCUACAAGGUUUAGUGGAAUUGGAUGUUAGCAGGAAUUUAGCAAGCUAGUUUCCAUGUAAAGAUGAUAAACCAUGUUUUGACUGAAGUAUUUCUGAAAAACUAAAACACACAGCUGUGCUAUAACUUUGGAAGUAAACAAAGAUGGAAAACAAAGUAGCUGCAGCAGUUGAGGGUUAGUGAAGUCGGGCUAGUUGACAUAACAUAGUUGCCUGGUGGCUAGCUACAAAGCUGUGGUUAGGCUUAUAUUGGCACAGGGACGGUGUAGGAAUAAGGGUUAAAUGAAAGUUUAGGGCCCCUGAUGGUCGAAGACAAACGCCAUGAUAUGGCAGGAAGAAGAAGCCAAAAACAGGCCAAACAUGAACCAAGAGAACAUUGAAGAUGAUCCAUCCAAAACACGAGGUUAGUCAUUAAUUUGUUGCUGCAUGGUUUGAGAGAGUUUUGGGAAAUCUUCAAAUAUUUGACAUCUGAGACACCAUGAACCCCUGGGCUGUAGUGUACAUGAGUUUUUAAAAUUUAGCUAAAGAUGUAUUGCACAUGAACAUUGCUAAUAAAAAGCCAGAGAGGUCGAGAAUGACCACUGAUUAUUCUUAGAGGGUUUGAUUAUAUUAAAUAAAACAAGACAGAAAGCAAUAGUCCUUUUGUAAAUUAUGGUCAUUCAAAGAGUCAUAAAGUAGGAUUGUCAUGUCAUUGGGCACUGGGCAUCAAAUCCACUGCUUGCUCAUCACGCCUGGUUUAAAAACACUAAAACACUCAUAUCGAGACUUCAUAACACAUCUUCACUAACCAGUGGGUGACAUUCAUCUUUUAUAUGGCCAACUAGUGUGUGUCUGUCUCUGUGUGUGGUAGCUAGUAGUCCAUCUUAGAUGAGCUAACAUUAGCUGACAGCCAAAACAACAUGUCUUUCUAGUCUCUGAUGCUAACUUUAGCAUUGCUUUACAAUAGCACAUCCAAAUCUUUAUACUGAUACUGACCUAAGCAGUAUUUAAUCAAGUCUCUCAACUGUACAACAUA